AUGGAGCAAAAAAGCCACAAACGAACCCCCCAGACACCGCCCCACAAGGGCACACACCAACCCCCGAGAAGCAACCCACAGCAACCACCGCCCUCGGCCCCCACCGCGACAACACGACUGACGGGACCCCCACACCACAAGGCCCGACACACGCGACACCCCCCCCCCCCCCCAAACCACCCCCCAAAAACGAAACGACCCCACCCGGGGAGCACACCCCAACCGCGACAACAAACACCCCCCCCACCCAACCCCCCCACCACACCAAACAACCACACCACCCCCCACACACCCUCCCCCCCCUCCCCCCCCACCCCGUCCCCACCAACCCAACUACCACCCAAAACAACGCCGCGACACAGGCGCCCCAACCCACACACCGGCCAACAACACAACACGAACCAACCAACCACCCACCCCCCCACACCCGACCCCCACAACCCCCCGGCACCCAGACAACCCCCCAAAAGCCGAACACCCACACGCCCCCCACCACAACACCCCCCCCCACACCACCACACACCCCCACCAACCAACAUCCGAAAAACCCCCCCCCCCACCACCAAACCCCACCCACAGGCCACGGGCACGGGCCGCGAGGUGACCGACGGCCAACCCCCCCGACGCACAAGCGCCCCCCCACCCCCCCCCGGCGCGCGGCCACGAGCCCGCAAACACACCACCCCCACAUGCUCACACCGCCACCCACAGACCCACCAAGAAACCCCAAGCAGCUCCCACCCCACACAGGGCGCGCCAACCACCACAGAACAACACCCCACCACCGGCCAACCCGGGGCCGCGCCGCCCAACCCCCCACCCCCCACCCACCCACCCCCCAAAACCCACCCGAAGCACAAACACCCACCCACCACGG